UUUUAAUUGGGAAGGCGGAGGGAAGGUUAUUUAAUGCCGACUCUCACAAAUCGAAACCCAAACCCAAACCUCUCCCUGGUUACCUUUUCGCCUUCCGUUAGUUUGUGUCACUCUCGCUCGCUCGUACUCACAGCUCCGGCUCUGUGAGGAAAAAGUGGCUGGUUUUUAUGGAUUGUGCAGUGUAGUCUCCAUUUCACUUCUUUAUGGUUCCACUUAGUUAUGGGAUUGAAAUUAUAUUAUUCCCGAACUCAAUGGAGUUUUGUCUUUAUCUGAAAUGACUUCUAAUUGCUUAUUUUCUGCAAAAGAUGCUGUACCUUAUUUCAAGCCUGGCUUAAGGCAGGAGGAUGGAUGGAUCCACUGUUCAAAUUAGUGGAAGCGCAGAUUCAUCGUUACGGAACUACAAGCUUGGAAAAACUCUAGGUAUAGGUUCUUUCGGUAAAGUGAAAGUUGCUGAGCAUGUAUUGACAGGCCACAAGGUUGCUAUCAAGAUCCUCAACCGCCGAAAGAUAAAAAACAUGGAAAUGGAAGAAAAAGUUAGAAGGGAAAUCAAAAUCCUGAGAUUGUUUAUGCACCCGCAUAUAAUUCGCCUGUACGAAGUUAUAGAGACUCCCACAGACAUUUACGUCGUGAUGGAGUAUGUUAAGUCUGGUGAGCUUUUUGAUUAUAUAGUGGAGAAGGGAAGAUUGCAAGAGGAUGAAGCGCGGAGCUUUUUCCAACAGAUAAUUUCUGGUGUUGAGUACUGCCACAGAAAUAUGGUUGUACAUCGGGAUCUCAAACCUGAGAAUUUGCUUUUGGAUUCGAAAUGCAAUGUGAAGAUUGCUGAUUUUGGGCUGAGUAAUAUCAUGCGUGAUGGUCAUUUUCUGAAGACCAGUUGUGGAAGUCCUAACUAUGCUGCCCCAGAAGUUAUAUCUGGGAAACUCUAUGCUGGGCCUGAGGUAGAUGUAUGGAGUUGUGGUGUUAUUCUCUAUGCUCUCCUCUGCGGCACUCUUCCAUUUGACGAUGAAAAUAUUCCAAACCUUUUUAAGAAGAUAAAGGGUGGCAUAUAUACUCUUCCAAGCCAUUUGUCGGCUGGGGCCAGAGAUUUGAUUCCAAGGAUGCUUAUUGUUGACCCAAUGAAGCGAAUGACUAUUCCUGAGAUUCGCGUGCACCCCUGGUUCCAAGCUCACCUGCCGCGUUAUUUGGCUGUGCCUCCACCUGAUACAGCCCAACAAGCUAAGAAGAUUGAUGAAGAGAUACUUCUGGAAGUUGUUAAGAUGGGAUUUGACAGGAAUGCCCUCAUUGACUCCCUUCGCAAUAGGGUACAAAAUGAGGGAACUGUUACUUACUAUUUGCUACUUGACAACUGCUUUCGCUUUUUUAGUGGCUACCUUGGAGAUGAAUUUCAAGAGUCUGUGGAAUCUGUAAAUAACAUGCAGCAAAAUGAAGUUGUUCCUUCCUCAAUUGGGCAACGUGUGCCAGGAAUGGUUGAUAGCCCUCAAACUUACCUCAGGCAGUUUCCAUUUGACCGGAAAUGGGCUCUUGGACUCCAGUCUCGUGCUCAUCCUCGCGAGGUAAUGACUGAAGUUCUAAAAGCUCUGCAAGAACUUAAUGUUGGUUGGAAAAAGGUAGGACACUACAACAUGAAAUGUAGAUGGAGUGGAACUCCCAGUCAGCAUCAUGGCAUGAUGAACAACUCUAUGCUCAGUAAUCCCUACUUUGGAGAUGAUUCAUCUAUCAUAGAAAAUGAUGGCUUUUCUAGGUCACCUGACGUAGUCAAGUUUGAGCUGCAGCUUUAUAAGACCCGUGAAGACAAGUAUCUGCUUGACCUUCAGAGGGUUCAGGGUCCGCAGUUACUCUUCUUGGAUCUUUGUGCUGCUUUCCUUGCCCAGCUUCGGGUACUCUGAUAAUUGUGGCCAGAUCCUUCUGAAGAUAUCUCUAGAUGACAUUAAAAUGUUAACGGUGUAAAUAUUUUAACCAUAGCAUAUUGAGGUUGAAUUGAAACAUUUACAUCCAUAAUGUUUCUGUUCCCUUUUCUAUUUCCAAAUUCUCCUGUUACUUAAAAGGGAGAAUGUCGUGCUCGCCAUCUUUUUAACGCUCUUUAAAGAGUAUUGGCCUCUUGCACGACCUUUUAUUCUUCUUAUUUUCUGGGUUUUAACGAUAAGACUAUUGCCAUGUAAUCUACACGCUAGAUUUUAUGACUAGUUUGAGGUGAAAAUGGCAUCAUAUGGUUUUGUUGCAGUACGAUAGUUACGAGUUUAGUGCUCUGGUCAUAGAUUUGUCAACAAUAUAAUGUCCUUAUGAGGGACGUUACCGCAUUUAGUGCUAAUAACAGAUUGUUGUAUUCUCUCCGUUCCAAAAUAAGUAUCGUUUUAGCAAAAUGGAGAAAUUUCAAAAUAAGUGUUGUUUUCGGGUCAAUACAUUUUUUGUUAAAAAUUUUCAAACAUAUCCUUGAAAGAAAUAAUAUUAUUGGUGAGCAUUUAUUUUAAUGGGGUUUGUUGAAGAUAUUCUAGUAUUUUAUCUAUUUUAAUUAAGAGUUUCUUAAACUAUGUGUAAACUCUAGAAUGACACUUAUUUUGGAACGGAGGGAGUAACAUCUAAUAUCAGAUUUUUAUACUAGUUGUUUACAUUGUUAAAAGGGUUUGAUGCUGCUGUUUGGAUUGGUUAAAGGUCUACUAGUGUGAACUGGGAUAACUUUCUGUAUAAUCGGAACAAACAAUAAAUAAGUGUUUUCAUGGAUUUGUCAUGGUCAUUUUCACAUAGUUUGAAAGCUACACAAACGACAUAAUUUGAAAGCUACAUCAAACGAAAUUCAUACUAAAAUAUAUGAGAUUGAGAACGCCAUUUUUGUUCUCGUACAUAAAAGUAUACAACUAAGUAAACAAAACUUAAGAAAACGAAAGAAAACCAAUCAGAGUUUGAGGAUGAUUGGAUGUCGUAUCACUACUCUUUUUGAUUCAACAGACUUCUCUUCACCAUCCUGUUUACUGUAAUUAAGGGAACAAAAAAAAAAAAAGGUUUUAUGCUGAUCUAUGUUUGAAGAACCAGUUCAGUUCAUCACACCGGUUAAAAUUAAUUGACGUAGCAAAUAGUGGGUAAAUCGAUCGAACUCCACAGUGAUGAUUCGAUAUCGUAAGCCGCUGCUUCUUCAUCUCCUGCAUGAUGAUCAUCAGCAGAUGAAGUUUCUUCCUCAUGUUGCUUCUCAUCAUGAUUCUGCGCUGGUUCAACAUUGUUUUCGCGCUCGUGUUCAUCUUCUUGAUUCUUACCGCAUGCAUUCAUGAGCCUGGUUAGAUGUUCAGUCCUUUCCUGUUGAAGCUUGCUUGCCGAUUUCAGCUUCAAUUUCAGGCACUCAGUGAUACCAUUGAAGGCAUAAAGAGAAGCUGAAAACUUCCGCUCAUAGUUCAGUCUCUUCAUGGCCUCACUGAACAUGGCUGGAUCAUCUCCAUAAACCUCCUCAGACCCUGUACUCCCCUGCACUAUCUCAUCCACAAAAUGGAAAUCCGCAAUCCCUGGAUUCACAUUCUUCCUUUCUUCUUCCUCAUCUUCCUCUGUUUCCUCUGCAACACUACCAUUAGAGAUCAUCUCACCCCAAUCAAGUUCAAAACUUUGCUGAUCUUCUCCCUGAGUUAAGCAUGAUUCAGUAGCCCUGUUUUCAGGGAUGCUAUUUUCAGGGGUGUAAUCCCCCUCUAUAUCAUUGAGAAAAUCAGUGAAAUGUGAAUCUGAGAAUUCCUCAGGGCAGUCAUGAUCAUCACUUUGCUUUUGAUGCAGAAGCUGCUGCUGAUAAUGAUCAAUAGUGAUUGAGGAAGGGUUAUUGUUAGAAUUGGCAGCAGCAAUGGAAUUAUUCCUGGCUUUGAGUCUGGUCAAAAGGAGAUUGGUGAUUUUAGAAGGCAAAGCUGGAGUAGAGGAAGAUGAUGAAGAACAAGGCCAGAAAUUGGUCCUGGUAUUUGCGCCUCUGAGUAAGCAAGCAGCUUCAUCAUAAGCCCUGGCUGCUUCCUCAGCAGUGUCAAAAGUCCCUAACCACACCCUUAUCUUUUGUAUGGUGUCUUUGAUCUCCGCAACCCAUCUACCGGACGGCCGUUGCCGGACGCCAACGAACCUCUUCCUCGCCCGCCGUGCUCCGCCCAGCGCUGCUGCGGCCGCAGCUUCCUUCACCAUCUCAUCCCAAGCAACAUUACUCUCUUCAUCACCUGAUGAUAGUGAUGAUGAUGAUGAGCUCUUUUCCAUUCCAAUAUCACCUCCUGCCUUUCUCUUUCUGGCCAUUGUUUCUGUUGAAUGUGUGGGUGUGUGUGUGUAUUUUGAUUAGUUCUUAGUAGUUUUUUUUUGCUUUGUUAUUACUAAGGAGGUUGAUGGCAAGUGUAGGAUAUUUAUAUAUGAGGUAUGGAAGAUGCUGUCAAAUGAGGUUUUAAGCAGAAAGGGUCUCUUUUGUUUGUUU